CAACAAGUUCAUCACAGUUCAACUCCCCUCAAUUCCUCACCUCAACCCUCCACUACUCAUCACCAUGUCUUUCCACGAGUCCGCUACCGAUAUCACCGUCGAGGGAAGCAUCCUAAAGGCUCAGCUCUCCAACGGUGAGGAGUACCUUGAAGCCGAGUUUGACCUCGACACCGUCAUUGGUGUCAGCGACGGCGCCCUCACCUGGGGUGGCGAGAACUUCUCCGAGUCCUCUGAGGACAUCUCCUUCGACCUCGAGGGUGAUGACGAGGUUCCCAUCCUGCGAGCCACCAUCAACAACGAGGAUGGCGAGCAAACCUCUUCCGACAUUAAUCUUUCUGAAUACAUCUCCAACAACUGCGGCGAAUUUGAGUAUACCGGGUAAGCAUCAAGGCCAGUCAGGACGGCAUGGCGCAUCAUGACAGCGAGUGAGGGGAUGUACAUGAAUAAACCCAUAGAAGAUUGAAAUUGAACAUAACGAGUCUUGGUUGC